AUGUAUGCCCAUGGUAUCGUUAUUCACCACAACUAUGGAAAAGCCAUCAGUUGUUAUAGUCGGAGCCGGCACUAUCCGUCCUUGCGCGCCCUCCUCUGCCAGCCAAACGUCUUCCGGAUGCUCCUGACCAUGCGUCCCUGGACGACCAUGUACGGCCGAGCGCAGCACUAUUUCACCAGCACCAAGAUGCGGCAGGCCUGGACCUUUGCCUCGAUGUAUGUGGGCAUGAGUCCGUACGGGGCGCCGGGGACAUACGCGCUGCUGCAGUACUCGGAGACGGUCGACGGGAUCUGGUAUCCGCGCGUGACCCGCAUUAUCCUCUCCGACGACCAGCACACUGCGCGGGGCGUGCGCCUGCACUCAGGCGAAGAGAUCCUGGCCGACAUCGUCAUCGUCAACGCGGACCUCGUCUACGCCUACACCCACCUCCUCCCGCCCUGCCCGUACGCCGCCACGCUCACGCAACGCCCGACCUCCUGCAGCAGCAUCUCCUUCUUCUGGGCGGUGGACACGCCGCUGCCCCAACUCCGCCCGCACAAAAUCUUCCUGGCCGAGCACUACCGCGAGAGCUUCGACGCGAUCUUCAUCCAUCACAGCAUUCCCGCCGACCCGUCCUUCUACGUCAACGUCCCCAGCCGGAUCGAUCCCACCGCCGCGCCGGAGGGCAAGGAAGCGCUGGUCGUGCUGGUUCCGGUGGGCAGUCUGCGCAGCUCCGGAGAAGGAAGUCACCAGGAUGAAUGGGGGGAGGAGAUCGUCGCACAUACCCGCGAGCUGGUCCUGCGCACCAUCGAGUCCCGCACGGGGAUCCGGAACCUCAGCGCACACAUCCUCCACGAGACGCAUGAGACCCCGCCAACGUGGCGGAUUAAGUUCAAUCUCGAUCGCGGCGCGAUCCUGGGCCUGUCACAUUCCUUCGGCAAUAUGUUGAAGUUCCGGCCUGCGAUGAAGCACGCGAGCAUCGGCGGGCUGUACUUUGUCGGCGCGAGUACGCAUCCUGGGACGGGCGUGCCGAUUUGUCUUGCGGGAGCGAAGUUAGUUGCGGAGCUGGUUAAGCGGGAUGUCGAGUCUGUGGGAAGCAGUGAUAGGGAUAGGGCUACAGGGCGGGUUUUCUGGGAUAUACUGUUGGGGAUGCUUGGUGUUGCUGUCGCAGGUCUGUUUGUGAUGCAGAUUCGGUUUGGGCAGGGUUGCGAGUAG